UAGGAGAAUGAUGUAUGGGUACACCCUUCUACCUAAAGCUAUAUACCGAAUUGAACUGAACAUCUUCCUGUUGGCGUUAUUACACGUUUUGUACCGGUGAACGUUGAGUUCUGAGCAUUUUCCAACAGUCUGUUUUAGAUUCUAGUAAACAAUGGCGAAAACAUCUUCAGGACAAAAUAUAACAAGCCAUAUUACAAAAAAGUCCUUGUGUUUAAUAAAAAAUGGUUCGGUGAAGAAAUAUAAGAAACCUAAAUUUAAAAAUACACCUACUGGCAAGGUAACUUUAAUAGAUGAUAUGAAAGCUAAAAACAAAAAUACUCCACAGAAAAAUUUCCAGAAACUUGCAGGUGUAAAGGAUGACCAAAAUUUAUUUAAGGGAAAGUUGAAACAAUUAGAGGGAAAAGAAAAUUCUCCAAAAGAGAAACAAAUUCUAGAAGAAAAGAAAACUCCAAAGGGAAAGCAAAUACCAAAACGCAAGCAAAUUCCAAAUGAAUCACAAAAUAAGCAAAGCAAUAAGAAAAUUAAUGUAAAAGUAAAAAAAGAAUUAGGAAAAGUCAGUGAUUCCGACUCUGAUUCUGACAUUGAUGAAGGAAUUGUACCACAAGAAGAAAUCAGUAUAAUAAAUGAAGUAUUAGAUGAAGAAGAAUCUGAUGCUGAUAUCCCAGAUAUUUUUGGAGCAAGUUUAGGAGAUGAUUCAGAUGUAGAUGAUUCAGAUGUAGACUUUGGAAAUGAAUUCGAUGAAGAUUUUGAAGAUGAAGAGGAGGAAGAAGAUGAACAGGAAGAAGAUGAAGAUAGUGACGAUAGUAAAGAAGAAGAGGAUGAUGAUGAUAGUGAUGAAGAAACAACAAUUGGACAUUUGGGUAUAAAAAUGUUCAAAGGUAUAAAAUCAAAUACCAAACACAAGAAUUUGAAAACAAGUGAGGAAGAUGAUGAUGAUGAUGAUGAUGAUGAAGAUGAAGAUGAAGGUGAAGAAAAUGACACUACAGAGAUAAGUAUAGGGGGGAAUACUUCUGCAUUUGAAAGUAAUGAAGAUGACGAUGACGAUGUUAAAGACGAUGAUGAAGAUGAAAGUGAAGACGAAGUUGAAGACAAAACCUUUGAGGAUGAGGAAGAAAGUACGGCACUUGGCUUAAAAGCACUUCUGGGGAAAACAAUGACAGAUGAUGAUGAUGAGGAUUUUGAUGAAGAAGAUGAUGACUAUGAAGAUGAUAGUGAUGAAGAAGAAGAUGAAAAUGACAGUGAUGAAGAAGAAGAUGAAGACAAUGAAGAUGAUAGCGAAGAAGAUGAAGAUGGCAUUGCAGUAAAAAUACAAGAGAAAUCUACAAAAACAAAAGUAAUUAAAUCUUCUACUGGCAAAGAUGCAUCUGAAAAGAAUGAGCAAGCAGUCAAAAAAUCAUUAUCUCCUGAAGAACAAGAAGAAGUUGAUAGAAAAACUAUCUUUAUCGAUAAUAUUCCAAAAGAGACAAAAAUAACAACUCUAAAAAAGGUAUUUGGUCAAUAUGGACCUAUUGAUAAUCUACGUUUUAGAAAUAUUGUUCCUAAGAAUCCAAAAAUUUCCAAGAAAGUUGCUGCUAUAAAACAAGAUAUUCAUCCAAAAAUAGUUACUGUUGUAGCAUACAUUAAAUAUAAAUCCGAAGAAUCUGCAAAGAAAGCACUUUCUAUGAAUGGAAAAAAAUUUGAAGGAAAUUAUGUGAAUGUAAAGAUUGUUGCUAAGUUAGGACAAGAGAAACACAAUAUUAAAAAGUCCAUAUUUAUAGGAAAUUUGAAAUUUGGCAUGAACACCAACGAUAUUUGGGAGAAUUUUAGUAAAUGCGGAGAAAUAGAAUCUGUGCGCUUAAUACGUGACAAAAAAACAGGACAAACUAGAGGAUUUGGUUAUGUUAACUUCAAGUCUGAGGAUGCUGUAACUUUAGCUCUAAAAUUAGAUGGUGUUGAAAUUAAUAAUCGGCCUGUAAGGGUACGAACAUGUAGAGCACCAUCAGAAAAAUCGCAAAAAUCAAACAAUCAGAAAAAGGAAGGGAAACGAAUUCUCUCAAAUGAAAACAACGAUAAUAGACCAUUGAAGAAAUUUAAGAAUUCGCGAAAAACAUUUGCUGUAGAACGUCCAACUAAAGAAGAAGCAAAAGAUAAGCAAAAAAAGUCACAGAAAAACAACACGAGUCUCGAAGGGAAAAUCUCGAAGUCCUUCCAGGGUCAACAGGCCGACAUGAAAGACAAGAAGAAGGGAAGCAAGUUUAAUAAGAAAAAGAAAGAGAUAGCAGGCAAACUCAUAGCAAAAUCGAAAAAACAAAAGGCUUGAAUGACGUUAUAUAAUUAAAUUAAUAACUACUACUAUAAAACAUUUUCUUUCGCACAUACAUACAUACAUAAUUAUUACUGAACUCAGUUAUACUAUAUAAAAUAUUACUUAACACGUUGACUGUCACGGAAUUUUUCACGAUUCCGGUCUAAAAGAGCCAAUUUGAUUUAAUCAUGUUGUAUUAUUAAAAACUUUAAUAAUAGUACAUAAUAAUAAUCAAAAAGCUUAAAAAAUGUUUUUUUUUUAAAACAUUUUUUAUUCUCUUUUCUGAGGUCAUCUAUUCAUAUUUAUACUGUUAUAUUACGAGUUUCCUCGUAGCUGUACAAAUAUGGCAAGUAAUGAAGGGACGAGAUAACUCGUAGUAGGCGUCCUGUACCGCGAUUCUGUAACUCGUUGUUGGAGUUAACGACACUUUCGUUAUCGUUAACUCCAAUAACGAGUUACAGAAUCGCACCACUGGGCGAGUAAACAACCUACGAGAUAUCUCGUAGUUGGCAGUCAACGUGUUAAGAGAAUGAUUUAUAUCGCGUUUAUUUUAUUCAGAAAAAAGUACAUCAGCGCAUUGGUGCAGAAUAGUAUGUUCACAGGAUAGAACGAUCCUCUCCAAUAGAAAAUAUUCGUUCACCAUAUAUAAGCUCUGCACUUGUAUAUAUGAAUGAUUUUAUUAAGCUUUUUUUUUUUAAUGUUAAUAUAACAUGUAUAUCGUUAAUACAGUUUAAUACAUGACAACAAUA